UAUGAAUACUAGAACUGAAUUAAUUACUAAAUCUGCAACAGAAAUGGUUCUUUCUCCUGAUGACUGUUAUAUUGAUGCAAAUGCUAAAUCCCAUUCAGAAGGUAGACUUUCAAAGGCUGAUUCUGUGAAUGAUUUGCACAUUACAUCUGUAGUAGAAAAUGAUUUAUCCCACGUUUUCUGUUAUGAUGCAGUUUUAGAAAAUGUUUCUCCAGAAACACCCACUGAGCAUCCCUUUACCAAUGAACCUACAUCUGAUGCUAAAUUUACAAGACCAACUCAUUCCUUUCCUGAUGACAGCCUGAAUAUAAAUACUACAUAUGAAAUGGUUUCUUCUCCAGGCGUCAGUUAUAAGGAUACAGUUAAAAAACCUGCUUCAGAAGGUAAAGGAUCAAAAGCCGAUGCACGUUUAACAGAUAAUUCCGAGAAUUACUUAAAAAUUUUAUCUUCAAAAGGCGGGGAUUUAUCCCAAAAUGUCAGUUGUUCUAAAAUAUCCCCAUCAAAAACUAAUGCUUAUGAAUUGCCCAUGGAAUGUCACUUCAUAAAUGCUUGUGCUUCUGAAGUUGAAUAUACGAUUGCAACUAUUUCCCACCCUGAUGGCAAUUUCAAUCGAUGUACCACUUCUGAAUUAAACCCUGAAUCAGCAAAAGUGAUUUCUUCUUCUGGUUCCAGUUAUAAUGAUGCACUUGAGAAAUCCUCUUUAGAUGGACAAGGAAUGAAUGCCGAUCCAGGCUCAUUUGAUAAUUCCGUGAAUAAUCUCGAAAUUGAAUCUGCAAUUGACCGGGAUUUGUCCCUAGAUGCCAGUUGUGAUCAAGUUUCAGAAAAGAUAUGUUCAGAAAGAGAUGUCAGUGGACUGCCUGUGCAAUAUGACUCUAGUAUUACGUCUGAAUCAGAUGCUGAAGUAACGACGAAAGCAUCAAACUUUGUUCCUGAAAUCAAGUACGAUGAAGUCGUAGUUAUAUCUUCGCCGAAGGGAAAGGGCGCAUAUUCUGAUGAAACACCGUUAAAAAGUGAUACAAUAAUUGCUACCGCAUCAAGCGUUACACUUGGAAAAGGAUUGGACUUUCUACCAGUUCUUAGUAGAAAGGAAAUUUCAAAGAGGAGCUCGACGUCUCGUAUUUCAAAGACAAAAGUCUUAAAAAAUGUUAUUCUGGAUUUGAAGAAUGUCUCAAAACAGAUCCACAAAACUAUUGAAAAGAUUUCGUCAUUGUCUACUUGUGCCAAAUGCGGCGCUCCUUUGCAACGUAUUUGUAAGUCAAAGACUUGUUUGGAACCUACUGAGAACGCCGGAGACAUGGCUAUUCAAUUGCAGACAGUAUCAAAAAGUAUUAUACUUGGUUUAUUCAUUAUAAGUUAAGUCAUUAAAGCAGGGAAUUUGUGACA